CCUCAAAUUCCAAGCUUCGAGUUCUCGCCAGCGUCAGCAAAGCAAAGGGAGUUAUUACUCUUCCGAAUAAGAAAAUAAACUAAACCGAAAAAAGAAUUAAAGAGGGAGAGGGAGAUAUUUCUAGAAUCAACCACACACGUCCUUCCCUUCGCAGCUCAGCUCCGCUCGCUUUCAUUCCUUCUCCCUUUAAAGGUGCGACGAUACUUAUAACCCUAACCUUCUCUUCUCUGCGCGACGAUUCGAUUCAGUCUAGUCUCUGAGCGAAUCUCGGGGUUCUGUGCUUGCGUUUCAUCGCCUGAGCUCUCUCUCUCUCUUCAACUCCCUCGUAGAUCUGUGAGUUUCAUUCAUUGCUUCAGGUCCGAGACUUGGAAUAGCUUUCCUCGUCUUCCUUAUUAUUGAAUUUAAUUGAGCGUUGCUGGUUUCUUUUGUAGCUGAUUGAUUGGGGGAUUUCCAAGCCGAUCUUUUUUUUUUUUAUCUUUCAAAUUUUAAGCUUUCUGCUCUGCUUCAGUGGUUUUUUGUUGCUUUGGCGAUCUUGCUUUAAAUGAUAGAUUAGGCCAAUCGUUGGUGGUGAGUGUGGCAUAGGCCAUAGGGUGUAAGCAGACUGAAGGUUUUAGGUUUUGUGAAUGGCGGCUAAGGGUCAGUUGAUCGAUUUCUCUUUCAAAAAUGCCAGCCUGGGUUAACUUCUUACCGUUUAACUGAUGGAGUAGUGAGUUUAUCUUUUCUUUCCCAGAAAGUUUGAUUGUCUUUGUCUAUAACCUGAGAUCCUAUUAAACCCUCUGACGGGAUUAGAAUUGGUGAACCAUGCAUUGAUAUGUAGGUGUUUAAGUUCUGAAUGAGCCUGUACACAUUACAUUACGUCUAUAACCUGUCUCAUGACGCCCAUUUUGCGCUUUAACUUUCUGGGUAUUUAGUCUUUGGCCAUCCAUUAGCCAUUGUUCCAUAUGCAUGUUGUUUGGUAAAAUGGCGGCAAGCAAACCGGUUUCUUUUUUUGUCCUUGCCUAAUUUGACAUUUAACGGGUGGAAAAGAUUUGUUGGCUUUGAGGGUUUCAUUGAAUUGAUCUUCAAACAGUAGAAAUUGGCCCUCAUCAGGUGCUGGAGUUAUUUUUGUUUCUUGUAAUUUGAUUGGUGGCUAAUUUCUAGUUGAUCUACUCCAGGAUGAUAUCAUUUCCAUCUUCCUUCUUUGGUUGAUUGUCUAAAAUCCUUUGUCUAACUUGGUUUGUUACUAUUGUUCUCUUGCUCAGGUGGUCAUCCUGAAUACUGACUUGUUCAGUGAAUUUGUUGGAUUUAGGAAAACAUGAGUGUGGUUGGCUUUGAUUUUGGAAAUGAAAACUGCCUUGUUGCUGUGGCAAGACAAAGAGGAAUUGAUGUCGUUCUUAAUGACGAAUCAAAACGUGAGACUCCAGCCAUUGUUUGCUUUGGAGAGAAGCAAAGGUUCAUUGGUACUGCAGGGGCUGCCUCUACUAUGACUAACCCCAAAAAUUCCAUUAGUCAGAUUAAGCGCUUAAUUGGACGCCCAUUCAGUGACCCUGAAUUGCAGAGGGAUCUAAAGUCGUUGCCAUAUGCUGUCUCUGAAGGACCUGAUGGGUUCCCCUUGAUCCAUGCUCGGUAUUUGGGCGAAAUGAGGACAUUCACGCCUACUCAGGUUUUGGGAAUGGUGCUGUCAAAUUUGAAAGAGAUAGCAGAGAAGAAUCUCAACACUGCAGUGGUUGACUGCUGCAUAGGGAUUCCUGUUUAUUUCACCGAUCUACAGCGAAGGGCUGUCUUGGAUGCUGCCACAAUUGCAGGAUUGCAUCCGCUUCGUUUGUUUCAUGAAACUACUGCAACUGCACUUGCUUAUGGAAUUUACAAAACUGACUUGCCUGAAAGUGACCAAAUGAAUGUCGCUUUCGUUGAUGUUGGCCAUGCGAGUAUGCAAGUAUGCAUUGUUGGAUACAAGAAAGGGCAGCUCAAGGUACUGGCACAUGCUUUUGACCGGUCCCUAGGAGGCAGAGACUUUGAUGAAGCUCUGUUCACCCACUUUGCUGCAAAGUUCAAGGAUGAGUACAAGAUAGAUGUUUAUCAGAAUGCCAGAGCUUGUCUCAGGCUGAGAGCUGCUUGUGAGAAAUUAAAGAAGGUUCUCAGUGCUAAUCCUGAGGCACCUUUGAAUAUUGAGUGUUUGAUGGAAGAGAAAGAUGUGAGAGGUUACAUUAAGAGAGAUGAGUUUGAACAGAUUAGUCUGCCUAUAUUGGAUCGUGUGAAGAAGCCAUUGGAGAAGGCUCUUCAUGAUGCUGGACUUUCUGUUGAGAAUGUUCAUACAGUUGAGGUUAUUGGUUCUGCAUCUCGUAUACCCUCUGUUUUUAAGAUUCUGACAGAGUUCUUUGGCAAGGAGCCAAGGCGCACUAUGAAUGCUAGUGAGUGUGUUUCUAGGGGGUGUGCUUUGCAAUGUGCUAUCCUUAGCCCCACAUUUAAAGUGAGAGAAUUCCAGGUUCAUGAGAGCUUUCCAUUCUCAAUUGCUAUGACCUGGAAAGGUGCAGCACCGGAGACUCAAAAUGGAGCUACUGAUAGCCAACAGAGCACUCUUGUUUUCCCCAGGGGAAAUGCCUUACCCAGCAUCAAGUCUCUGACUUUCUACCGGUCAGAGACAUUUUCUGUUGAUGUCCAAUAUGCAGAGACAGAUGGACUGGUGGCACCUGCUAAAAUCAGUUCUUAUACCAUUGGGCCUUUUCAGGCCACAAAGGGUGAGCGUGCCAAAGUUAAGGUGAAAACUCGCCUGAAUUUGCACGGGAUUGUGUCCGUCGAGUCUGCAACGCUUUUGGAAGAGGAAGAAGUUGAAAUUCCCUUAUCGAAUGAGCCAGCCACCAAGAUGGACACUGAUGAUGCUCCAAGUGAUAGUGUGCCGCCCAGCAUGAGUGAAGCUGAUAUGAAUGCACAGGAAGGCAAUGCUGGUGUUGAAAAUGGUGCUUCUGAUGCUGGAGAUAAGCCUUCACAAAUGGAAACAGAUAGCAAGGCUGAUGCUCCGAAGAGGAAAGUUAAGAAAUCCAACAUACCUGUAUCAGAAUUGGUCCAUGGUGGAUUGCCUCCAGUUGAUCUUCAGAAAGCAGUAGAAAAGGAGUUUGAGAUGGCCUUGCAAGAUCGAGUGAUGGAAGAGACUAAAGACAAGAAAAAUGCUGUUGAGGCUUAUGUGUAUGAGAUGAGGAACAAGCUCCUUGAUAAGUAUCAAGAGUUUGUCACUGAGCCAGAGAGGGAAGAACUCUUGACCAAGCUACAGCAGGUGGAGGACUGGUUGUAUGAAGAUGGAGAAGAUGAGACAAAAGGUGUUUAUAUUGCUAAGCUUGAGGAGCUAAAGAAGCAAGGCGACCCAAUUGAGCAGCGCUACAAGGAGUCCACUGAGAGGGGAUCCGUAAUUGAUCAACUUGUUUAUUGUGCCAAAAGCUACAGAGAAGCUGCUUUGUCUAACGACAAAUUCGAUCAUAUUGAUAUGGCUGAAAAACAAAAGGUUCUGAAUGAAUGUGCUGAAGCAGAAGCAUGGCUCAGCGAGAAGAAGCAGCAGCAGGACUCCCUCCCCAAGUAUGCUACUCCAAUUCUCUUGUCGGCCGAUUUGAGAAGGAAGGCUGAGGCACUUGACAGGGUUUGCCGGCCAAUAAUGACGAAACCAAAGCCAGCACCACCAAAGCCGGCUACUCCUGAAGUGCCCGCGGCAUCCCCUGAACAACCUCCUCAAGGUGGCCAUGCUGAUCCCAAUGCCAAUGCCAAUGCCAAUGUCGACCCAAGCAAUAAUGAUGAGAAGCCUGCUGGCGAUGCACCAGCAAGUGGGGAGCCAAUGGAUACAGACGAUCAGGAAGAUUCCACUAAAGCCUGAUAGCAUGUAUCUGUGUGGGCAAGGUUGAGACCGUUAUGUACAAGUGCUCUUUGGAAGGCUCUGGUUCGGGUGUAAGUGGUAGACAGUUUUGCAAUUCGAAUGUGUUGAUGAACGAUCAUGUGCUGGAUUUUCAUUUUAAUUGUUAUCGGAACAGGAUGAAGGAUCUCUCUCUAAAAUCAGCUAGGCUAUUUUAAGGCAAAGGUUUUUAAGAGGAUUAUUAUUAGGACUGGACUUCAAUUCAGAAGGGUCUGCCUGCGCUGUUUUUGGCCGUGAACUGGUUUUGCAGUUAAGUCUCUAAAGAUGAAUAUGCGCCCUUUUUCUGUCUUCAUUCUCUUGUGUUGGAUCUAUUUUCUGUAUCACGCAUUGAAGAUUUUACCCAUUUGAGUCGGAAUUAUACAAAAACCAGUAUGUGUUUAAUGAUUAUUCAAGUGAUGAUCCUAUGUGAGAUUUAUGGUAUAUUAUCUCGCGGGACCUGACUGUUUGCCUGCUGCUCGGCUAAGAAUAGCAGCUUGCCCAUUGUCGCGAGUGCGUCCCUCACCAUUACAAGCGUCAUGUAGAUCAAAGCCAAAUCAAUAUUGAUGGAGGCCAAAUUGGGCUCUAGUAGUCUUCAAGAUUGUGGCAUGCACAGAUGGUCACUUUGCCGUGUCCAAGUUUGGUUAUUAAAUCCUAAUAUUUGACCGUGUUCAAGUUUGGUUCUCAAAUCCUAUAUUUGUGUUAUAUAUCUGAUUAUUUACUCAAAUUCUUAAACUUACACAUAUAUGUUGUUAUGAGGAGAAAUAUGUCUUGCGAUGAUUAACCUUGGCCCCCAUAGAUAUCCGGCGAACCUGAGAGCAUUUAAUAUGAGCUUACAGUCCUGUCGGUGGCCACCAAGAGGGUAACCCCUAUAGAUAUCCGGCGAACCUGAGAGCAUUUAAUAUGAGCUUACAGUCCUGUCGGUGGCCACCAAGAGAGUAACGUAGAAGUGGUAGCUGCUAAGGAUCGAACAUAUGACCUUCUAGACACAAUCAUGCGCCUUUAGCACCUCUAUUACCCCUUGGUAGUUAUUCUUAACCAUAUUUGAUCACAUUUUUUGUCGAUUUUCUCAUGAGCUAGAAGUUGAGAUGACUCACUAAUUACAAUGCUUGGAUAAAUCAUGAGCUCAAAAGAACAAAGUUUCACGAGUUGAGUUCAACAAAGCACUUAAUUGAUUUGGCUUACAUGAUGAACAAGGUUUAGCUCAAGUUAGAUCGUUAAUGGACGAGUCGAACAUUUUCUUAAUCAAACGAGUUUUUAUUAAGUCGAAUAUUGAAACGCUCCUAAACAACUCAACUCAUUAGCAACCUUAGUUAUACCAUAUUGACAAAUUAUAUUCGAUAUUAGGUUAUCCAAAUAUUGAUAUCGAACCUUGUCAUAAAAAUGUCGCAGCUUGAGUUGUGAACUCACUGGUCAGUUAACAACUGGAGUUGAAAAUUUUCCAUUUUUAGUUGUGAGGAGACGACUAGUUUCAUCAUAGACAACCCGUUAUGUCCUUGCAAGUCGUUUUACCCAACUUGGAACAGUAAAAAUACUACAUUUUGUUAUUUGUUUCCGAUACUGAAGGAUGAUAUCAAGGAAAAAAGUAUGUUCCCGUAGAUUGCUCCGUGUGAUCGGUCUCACGCGUCAAAUGUUGAAUGAACUCGAAAUCGGUUAACUACAAAGAACUACGAAUUGGGUAAAACCACAAUAAUUUACUCCUAAAUACUUUAUAUCAUUCAUGAGUAAAACAUAGACAAAUGU